AUAAAUUCACCGUUUUGCGUCAUAAAUGAUUAUGAUCGCGGUAAUAAUUUCGCAGUAAAUGAAGAAUUUAGAAUUCAUUUUGACGUGGAGUACUCCGACGGGAAAGAAUCAUUUUAAUUUCUCUCCCUGCCGGAAAGGCAUCCAAUCAAGUGGGCCUACCUCUCCUCAAUUCACGGAAUGUUUGGGCUCCCCCUCAAUUCUCGACCCAAGCCCACAUCUGAGAGAGUUUCUUGGACUUAAUUCAUCUAGCAAAUUUCUUGGGCUUUGUUCUUGACCCAAGUCCACAUCUGACAAGUACCAUCACCCUGCCGAAGGGGGAGCUCUGUCCUUCCCGCCGGUCAUUUCUUCCUCUCCUCCGAGCCAACAGGCAUAUCUUCAAAGAGAUCGCCGGCAAAUAUCAUUCCGCCGAACUUUCUUUAGAUCGCCGGGAACUCAAUUUAUCUCCACACUCACAUGCUCAUUCGGCGCAGCAGCAGCUUCGCGCCGAAUUGGUUCAUUAGCUUGCGCGGUUCCAUCUCUGGAAAGUCAGCUACUUUUUCGACUUCGGCGAGCCCGAACUUCGACAAGAGAUCAUGCAUUCGUCUACUCAAGAAUUGCAAAUCGAUGGCCCAUCUAAAACAAGUACACUGCCAGAUGUUCCGGAGCCGGCUGCACCAAGAUGCCGACGCUCUCGGCAAGCUCAUGGUCUUUUGCACGGACCCGUGUUAUGGGAACAGCAAUCUCAACUACGCACAGAGAGUCUUCGAUUUCAUUGAAAAGCCCUGUUUGUUCAUAUAUAAUUUAUUGAUCAAAGUGUAUGCGAAGAAGGGCAGUUUCAGGAAAUGUCUGUUGUUGUUUAGCCGACUCAGGGGAGAUGGCUUGUGGCCUGAUAAUUUCACCUACCCGUUCGUCUUGAAAGCAAUCGGAUGUUUGGGGAAGAAUCUGGAGGGUAGAAGGGUUCAUGGAUUCGUUACGGUGACGGGGAUGAGAUCCGAUACCUACGUGGUGAACUCGUUAAUGGAUAUGUAUGUGCAUUUGGGGCAAAUGGAUGUGGCGCGGAAGGUGUUUGAUGAAAUGCGCGAGAGAGAUGUGGUUUCUUGGAAUGUACUCAUAUCUGGGUAUGUGAAGUUUAGGAGAUUCGAGGAUGCUAUCAAAGUUUACUGCUCUAUGAGAAAUGAGAGUGAUCUGAUACCUGAUGAGGCUACAAUUGUAAGCACUCUCUCGGCUUGUGCAGCAUUGAAGAAUUUGCAACUCGGGGAAGAAAUCCAUCAUUUCGUCACGAGUGAAAUCGAAUGCACUUCGAUCAUUGCUAAUGUCUUACUCGACAUGUAUUGCAAGUGUGGUUGUUUGCUCGUAGCUCGAGAAAUCUUUGACAAGAUGCCCUCUAGAAAUGUCAUUUGUUGGACGACUAUGGUGACUGGUUACAUCAACUGUGGGCAGUUAGAUGAGGCUAGAAAUCUGUUUGAGAGGAGUCCUACAAGAGACAUUGUUCUUUGGACAUCUAUGAUCAACGGAUAUGUGCAGUUCAACCACUUUGACAGAGCAGUUGCACUCUUCAGAGAGAUGCAAGCCAGAAGAAUGAAGCCUGAUAAGUUCAUAUUGGUUGCUCUCCUUACGGGAUGUGCACAAACAGGUGCCCUCGAGCAAGGUAAAUGGAUACACGAGUACAUAGUCGAAAACCGAAUAGCAGUCGAUACAAUUCUCGGUACUGCUCUAAUAGACAUGUACGGGAAAUGUGGAAGCAUCGAUAGAGCACUGAGCAUCUUCCAUGGUUUAAAAGAGAAAGACACAGCCUCUUGGACUUCAAUCAUAUGUGGGCUUGCAAUGAAUGGGAAGACAUACGAGGCGCUCCAUUUGUUUUCGAGAAUGAAACAAGUUGGAGUCAGACCAGACGAUGUUACUUUCAUUGGUGUUUUGAGUGCUUGUAGCCAUGGAGGAUUGGUUGAGGAAGGUCGUGAAUUCUUUCAUUCCAUGACAGCAUCAUAUCAAAUUCAACCGAAGAUUGAGCACUAUGGGUGCUUUAUCGACUUGCUUGGUCGAGCUGGAUGUUUGGAAGAAGCAGAGGAGCUCAUACGAGAGGUCCCGUGUUCCAAUCUUGAGGCAGUUGUUCCUCUUUAUGGUUCUUUGCUCAGUGCUUGCAGGAUUUAUAGAAAUGUUGAUAUAGGCGAGAGGGUUGGUAAGCAUCUCGUGACGAUGGCAUCAGGUGAUGCGAGUGUGCUUACGCUUCUUGCAAAUAUCUAUGCCUUGACGAGCAAGUGGGAAGAGGUGAAGAAGGUGAGAAGUGAAAUGAAAGAUCUUGGUGUCAGAAAGACCCCUGGUUGUAGCUCGGUUGAGGUUGAUGGUGUCGUCCAUGAGUUUACUGUCGGUGAUUCUUCUCAUCCUAGAGGUAAAGAGAUAUACUCUAUCUUGAAUGAAUUGACGAGACCAUUGUUGGGUUCGGAAGACAAUCUGCUGAUGAAAAGCGAAGAGUUACUUGCAGUCAACUCUUGAUUCCAAUACACUCAUCACUGAUGA